AUGAAGUUGGCCCGCUUUGGGCAAUUUAUUGGGGCGGCACUAACGCGCGGCAAGCCGCUGCAGCGCGGAAUAAUCGCGGAUACCCAUAAAAGAUGGCCAGUCAACUCAGAAGCGGUCGCUCACGGGCGGGCAUUGAGCGGGCGCGAGCGUCCUCUGGCGCCGCGGUCUGCGAUGUCGCAGAUAGAGGGCGCCGGCGUCGGCCCGCCGAUGUAUGAUACAACCGCAUUACCA